AUGGGUGCCCUGUUCGAGGAGGGGGCGGUGCUUGAGACUCGCCGUAGACAGACCGAGCAGAGGACAAAACGCAAGUGGUUGUAUGACGCGGCAUCGGAAGCCGGAGGGGGUCUCUUGGGGAAGGCAGGUGAGGCAAAGAGUGAAUUAGCUGCCCAUUCGAUUCUAUCCCGCCAAAUGCCGGGUGGUGGCGGGGGGAAGUGGCAGGAAACAGAGAAAGGAAAAAAAAGCGACGGGGUGGGUAUUCGCAAAGUCGUCGGAGAGUACUUCCGAGUGUGA